UAACAAGUGAAGAACUUAAAAAUCAUAAAGAAUCGAAAGAACAUGUACUGAAACUACGGAGAUCCCGAUCAAGGGUUGUGCAACAAAUUAGAGACUCAACUUUGAAUAGGCAUCAAAUGAUUGAAAGAAGUGAUUCUUCUGAAAGAGACUUACCACCUCGCCACUAAAAAAAGCUUCAGCGAUGGUUACCUAUCCUACAUUUAUUCUACAAUAGCAUAUUGGACUAUAAAUUUGAUAUUUGAUCCCACUGUAGACGAUUUCAGCAUAUCACUUGGUGCAAAGGCUUGGAAUCCAUUUGGAAAUGUGACGUUUAGCAUUCAGUAUGUUGCCCUUCCAGAAAAGCCUACCACAAAGAUCGAAUAUAUUAUCCAGUUUAAACAUGUGGUAUCUAAUAAUGCUAUUAUGUUAAACUCAUUUACAAAUGGUAUUUUUAAUUAUGAGGAUUUUAUGCGACAAAUACUUAAUAUUAAAGGUCACGAUAUUGACAAUCAAGAUACUAGAUUUUACGUUUUUACUACUGCGACCAUUGCACCUAAUCUGAAAACGCAAUUUGAAAUUAAAUUCUGUAAGACAUGUAAAAUGGCGAGGGUAGCUUGCAAGUGUAAACAUGACGAUGAAGAUGCUUUUGAAGAUGUAUUUAUCAAUGGUGAAAGCUUAACCAAUUCAAGAAACUUAUUAUUUAACACAUCCGAUGAUAAUGGUAGCGUUUAUCGACUUUUUCCUUUUAGUAGGAAAGGCUAUAAAGUGCCAUCUCUUUAUGUUUAUACCUCCCAAAAACCACAAAGAGAAAUGGUCAAAAGCAUUAACGAGAACUUUGGAGAUUUUCUCGAAGGGGUACACCCAAGAUUCGCCCGAAAUCUUAUUAAGUUUGUUGAAUGUUGGUAUAUGAAAAAUACCAGUAAAUCGUUUAAAUUUAAGAUGAAGAAGGAGGAUGUAUUGAUCAAAUUGGGAGAUUUAUUGCUGAAUCAGUAUAGAGUCACCCCUAAAAUUGAGAAAAUUGAAGAUCACUCUACUAGAUUCGCGAUUUGGGUCCAAGCAUUAAAAUGCGUCGACAUCACUGUUACUCGAAUUUCAAAUAGGAAACUCUCAAACUUACUGGAACCUUUUAAUCUAAUAAUUCAAAAUCAUUUAAACGAAAAAAUACAAAUUCGUAGUGACUGUGACGAUUUUGAAGAUAACCUUACAAUUACAUCAGACUAUAUUAGGAAGAUGAAGGAUAGUGCAUUAAAGUUUUAUAUUUCUGAUGAGGUUGGUACGGAUAAUAGCAGCAAUAUAUCAUUGAACAAUUUAUAUUUGAUAUUUUGGAAGGCUGGAUUGAUGCCUCUUAUUUUAAACGUAGAUGAUAAGCCAAGUCAGAAAUAUGUUUUUCAAGUUAUAAAUUUAUUAAAGACACGUGGUCUAAUUCGACGAUACUUAAUAAACACAAACGAUGAGAAUAUAAGACUAUCCGCAAAAUCUUGGAAAAAUUUAUCAUUUUUUAUUAAUUUAGGAGACAUCGCUAAUAAACUUGAUCAAAAUCUAAUGGAUUCUGUUAAAAUUAAAAUUUUAAAUUAUAAUAUUAGCUUAGGUAAGAUUAGGAGCACUGAUCCAUUUUUUCAAAACUCUAUUUUUCCAUACGAAUUUUUUGAAAUGAUUUUAAGUAAAUACCAACUAAAAAUAGAUACUUAUCAUGUUGGACAAAAGGAAGUUGUAGAUAAGCUAGUUUUAAAUCAUAAAUUAAUAUUAGAUAUAUUGCAAUUAAUAAGAAAUAAUGAUGUUAAUAUUGUUGAUGACAAUGUUCCUAUUAAGAUGUUACGUGACAUAAAUCCCAAUUUAUUUGCAUAGAUUGGUCCACACUGCUUUACUGAUUGUCGCUAUUGACUUUUAGCAACUAUUGUAUAUGUACAGUUAAUAUAGGUAGUUAGCGUCGUUAUUAUUUUAGUUAAAAUAAGAUAUUAGUUCAAAUAAGUAUCUAAUUUUAAAUGUACCCAAUCAAACCAAAUAUAAUUUGUAGAACUUAAAAAUUAGGAUUUAUACUUUUAAAACCUACGUCUAAUUCUUAAAUAAGAAAGGGGUUGUUCUAAUUUUUAAGUAUGAAUUACCACAAACUAAAUGUAAAAUUGCCGGACGUACAACAUUAAUAGGCAAUAGACAUUAUGAUGUACUGUACUAACACGCCUUAAGAUUUGGGUCUUUUCGUUUUCGUAUAAACAUAGAAUUUAUUUUUUAAUUUUUAUAUAGAUUAUUUAAUACGAUUUCUUGCCGGUUCUUGGCUGUUGUAAAAACCCUGGGUAUAGAUGGUUGACUGCGUGUAUUUGGGGCUUCGGCUGCAUCGGGUGGCUCCUUCUUGUUCUUGCCGUGGUGUCAUUUGGGAUUUUAUAGAUUUCUAUGAAAUAUCAAUUUUUAUCUUUACCUUCUUUUUGACAGUUUAUGAUUUUGGACUGAAUCUACAUAAUAAAAAUAUGCCAUCCUUAAAAUAAACAGCAUGUAAAAUCUACACAUUGGCGCCACAAGUUUAUCCUUUGUAUCUUGUGCAAAAAAUUUGGGCUUAAUAGUAGAUGAGGAUCUAAGAUUUCGUGAACAUGUACGGAAGAUUAUUAAAAAGGGAUUUUAUGCUCUCAAAUUAAUUUAUAACAACCGACAACUGUUAAACUUUAAUUAUUGUGACUUUCUGUACGGGCCUUGUCUAACUGCGGAGGAUAAGUAUAAAAUUCAAAAAGUACAAAAUGCAUGCUGUAGGGUUUUGUAUGGAAUGUGACCAUGUCUCUCAUUUGAUCUCUGAAUGCAACUGGCUGAACAUGGAAAACCGAAGAACACAUCAUCUUUUAAAUUUGUUCAUAAAUUGCUUACUGAGGCGGAAGCAUCUCACCUUCUCAAAUCCAAAUUUUUACCACGCACAGCAAUUCACAAUGUUAAUGUUAGAUCACGCCAUGCUUUUACUGUACCACAACAUAAAACAGCCAUGUUUUGGAGAUCUUUUAUUUUCAACGCCAUCAGCAUAUACUCUCAUACCAGACAAUUUUAAAAUUCUUAAUAUAGAUAAAUUUAAAUCUCGACAGUUUCUGAUGGACAGACAAGUGUGAGUAAUAAGUAUGCAAGGAAGUGCUGGGUGAUGACCUGCGGUGGGCGCGGGGUGCUUUCGAUGCUUUUGCUGUGACUGAGGAAGGUCGACUGUCUGUUGCAAAAUGGGUCAGUCAUGAACCGACAGGGUAUUACUUUUGUUGAAAAAUAGUUAUACAACAUACGUCAAAAAUAGCGCGUAUUUAAGUAUUCAAAUAUUUUAUCUUGGGUGAACCUUAAAUGGGUUGAGUAAGGAUAGCAGCUUGCUAGACUUCGCCCGUUAAGUUUACACAAACUUGUUCUUUGUUUCCAUUGUACUUAAGUAUCUUGUUUUUUUGUAACUUAUAAAGCUCGAAGAAUAUCAGAAAAUGUGUUUGGCUUAAUAUCUAAUGUAUUUAGAAUAUUUCGCAAACCAUUACUAUUAGAACCUCAAACCGCAAGGUAACGCUAGCAGGAUGUUACUUGCACAACUUUCUUGGAAAAAGUGCAUCUAAGAACAUUUAUAAUCCCCCUGGAACAUUCGAUUCUGACUGCUCUGAUUCAACUGACAUUAUUCCAGGAGCUUGGAGAAAUGAUAAUGGUAAUGAGCCUGGCUUAGCAGAUUUACCCAAAAUACCCAGAAGAAGCGCAAUGCAGGCCCAACAAGUGAGAAACAUAUUAAGAGACUAUUUUAUGACACCCGAAGGAGAAGUUCCUUGGCAAUACGAAAUAUGUUAAAGGCGUAACAGUGUUCAAAACAAUCUGUCGUUUAAAAAUAAAAAUACAUAGAUAAGCUCUCAAAGUCUACGUACCUGUGAAUCCAACAUCUCCCUGGGCUUAUUUUUGUCUAGUAAAAAUUUCAUACUUUCAAAAGCAAACCAUUUACUUUUAUACACAUCCUCCGUACCAGAGCCAGAUUUCU